AAUAAGUAGCUAAGCAUCAAUCAGCUGUUCAUGACACUUCGGAAGCUCGUUUUAAAGACAUAAUUUUUGUCAACAAAGACGAUUUUUGGUGGAUGAGUUUUCCACCUAUGUAAAAAUGGCCAUGCCACCUAUUAAUCCUGUUAAUUAUAUAAUUGAAAGACAGUAUAAAGACAAUAUUUUUAUAAAAAAUAAAUUGGUUAGUGCUAGAUUAUCGAAAGCAAGGAAUUUAUACAGGAAAGAUUUGCUUGCACAUUAUGGGUGUGUGAAUGCGAUAGAAUUUUCCGUCGACGGUGAAUAUUUAGUUUCUGGUGGAGAUGAUAAACGAGUACUUCUUUGGUAUGUUCCUGGAGCGAUCUAUGAUCAGGGCUCUCCAGUUGUUAUGACAGCACCCCACAGAAGUAACAUAUUUUGUUUAACUUUUGAUUCUUGUAAUGAAAAAAUCUUCUCUGGUGGAAAUGAUGAUCAAGUACUUAUUCAUCAAAUAGAAAGUCGAAGUUUAACAACUAGUAUUCCACAUGAUAAGCCAGUUUAUGGUGUUAGCAUUCACCCUCAGAAUGAUAACAUUAUCGCUACAGCCGGAGAAGAUGGUAGAAUAUUGUUAUUUGAUAUUAGAGAAGUUCCUAAUCAAGAAGUUCAAGUAGUUGCCCAAGAAAAUAGUGGUUUUCACUCUGUGAUGUUCAACCCAAUGAAACCGAGAUACCUUGUAACAGCAAAUUCUGAGGAAGGUAUAGGUCUUUGGGAUUGUAGGAAACCCAAAAAUCAACUUAUCCGUUAUGAUACUCAAAGUGGUAAAACUAGUGGAAUAAGUGCUUGUUUUGAUAGUACAGGAAAAAAGGUUUUGGCUCUAAGGCGUCGUUUACCACCAGUUUUAUAUUUGGCCGAAAAUGAAAAUGCCGUAUGUCAAUUCUAUCAUCCGCAAUAUUAUAAUUCCUGUACCAUGAAGACGUGCUGUUUUGCUGGGAGUAAUGAUGAAUAUAUCCUUAGCGGAUCUGACGAUUUUAAUUUAUAUAUGUGGAAAAUACCGAUGGAUGAAAGCGAAUGGGGUAGUUCUCAUAUGGUAUUAAGGGGUCAUAGGUCUAUAGUUAAUCAAGUACGUUAUAACAGCCAUAAUAAUUUCAUAGCCUCUUCUGGUGUCGAGAAAAUGAUAAAGCUCUGGAGUCCGGUACCUGUUGGAAAUUGGCGUGGUUCUAUCCUUAAGGAACAUACUGAACCUGUUAGAAAAAUAUAUACUCAUGACGAUUACAUGAGUUUAGUUGGUAAUACCGAUCGUAUAAAUCACGAUUAUAGUGAUCAAUCAACUUGCGAAGAUUCGAAAAUGAUGGCGUUUUUUGAUUCGUUGAUACAAAGAGAAAUCGAAGGGUGGGAUUCCCAAACUGACGGCACCUUUUCGACUGAUAGUGAUAGUGAAGAAGAAGAUUGGUCUAAACUUAUUUCUAAAAUAUUUAAGAAUGGUAGAUGUAAUUCGGAUGAACCAAAGAAAUAUCGAUCGAAUAGGAUAACUCAAUUAAUUUCGAAGAAAAAGAAUACGCUAGCCAAGUUGGCCCAUAGUAAAUCUUCCAGUUAUAAAAAAAAAUAUCAUCAGAAGGUUCAUAAAAGAAAAUCUACUAAAUCUAAGUACGGUAAACAUAAUGGUUUUCACAAAAAAUCUCAUAAAAAGUGUCCAGAAAGAGAUUGUUCGAUGCCAUCUAGGAAACACAAGAAAUCAAAUGGUAGACCAUCAAAAUAUUUUACUAGAAGUGUGAAAAAUAUGACUGAUAAUGAUUCAACUGAGAAUUCUCUCGAUACACCUAGUACUAGUACUGGAAUUACUAGUUCGGAAAGAUCCAUUUUCAGACUGAUUGAACAAGACUCAGAUGACGAUGCUAGAAAUAUGAAUGAAAUAGAUGGAAACGAAGAAUUGGAAGCUAAUAAUCUUGUAAAUAUUUUACCUACUCCCUUAAACGGUUCCAGAGAUAGUUUGAUAAAUAUAUUGGAAGUAGCCAACGGAAAUACUAGUAGUAGAACAUUGAGAUCUUCUACAUCGGCUGCUCGCCUCACAUUAAAUGAAGAUCCUCGUCGAGUCCAAAUGAACGGUGCGAACUCCUUGACCGGUUCUCCUGACAAUCCCGAUCAGGGUUUCAGCGAAACUAGCGAUAGCGAUUUCGAGUAUGCGUCCACACCAGCGAAACGUCGACUCGUCAGCGUUUCGGAUUCGGGCUGCGGGACCGGUCCUAGUUCAAGUAGUAGUAUAGGUUCAUCGAAAACUUCCCAUAGAUUACAACCGCAUUGUUCCAACGACGAAAGAAGUCCAGACAGUGAGAGGUGUAGGAAGAAAUGUAGGUAUACUAUGAGGAAAGCGAAAAGGGUUAAAAAGAAAAUCGGUGUUGAUUCCGAUGAGAAUUGAAUUUUUGCUUCUAUUUUCAUUUGAUCCAUUGCUUUUCUUUAUUUCAAUGAUAAAUUUAGCACAGUUAUUUUAAAGGGUUGAUCUUUCCAGUAUUGGAUUAAAAAUAUCGGGUUAAUUUUACCACUAUGGUAAAUAAACUAUUUAAUAAAAUAUUUCCAAGGUCGUAUAUAUGUAUAGGUGAUUAGGGUGAUGAAUCACUAGUAGUUCUUUUAUUCCUGAUCCUUCAAUAAAUUUUAUUACAUCCACUGCCUUCAGUUUUUCUUGUUCUUUCCAGUAUGCUACCAGUUGCGUAUCCCUGUAGUACUUGAGGGUUACAUAAAUUAUAGUCUCCAGGACUUGUAUAGAGAAGAAGAAAUAUAAUGUUCUUAUCAAUUCAGUUUUUACGAUAAGAUUACAAUUUUUGAUUUUUUAUUCAUCAUCAGUAUUGUUGUUUGUACUUUAAAGUAAAAGUAUCCAUUUGGUUUUAAAAUCUUCAGAAUGGUUAUAUUACUUACAUUAACUUGUUCAAUAAUUUGUUUACUUGAACAAAAAUCACUAGCAGCACAAGAAUUUCUUUUUCUGGUUUAUCAAAUUUUAUUUAUAGACUUCUCAUAUAGAAGUUUGUUACUUUUUUUGAUUUCAAACAAUUUUGAAUUCAACCACUUUUUCCAAAUUAUUUAUAUAGUGUAGAAACUGUCCAAAUUGCAUGAGUACAAAAAAUUUUUUCCUUUAUUGAUAUGAAUAACCCACCAAAUAUCAUUUUGAAAAUUUGUACAUAAUCCUACCAAGAGUGGCCCCAUCUGCAAGAAAACAUCUAAAUACCACUUUUCAAUAUUUUUUAUAAUCCUAUUAAUAGUGGUUUGUUUAAAAAUUAUUUAUCGAUAUAGGUGACACCCGAAAUAACAUUUUUCCAAAUUUUGAUGUCACAACAGUAUAUUUAGUGAAAAAUUUCAAAUUUCCACGAACAUGAAUAAAUGCAUCAUUUAUUGAUAUUAUCGACCUCCUCAAUAUCAUUUUUCAUAUAAUCCUACCUCUAACUGCAAUAGUACAAGUAAAUUAAUUAUUUAUUGAUGACGGUGACAUACAAAAUACCAUUUUUCAAAAUUUUCAAUAAUUCUAAACCACUAUAUGGUGUAGAAACUGUCCAGUUGCAUAAGAACAAAUAAUUCUAUCAUUUAUUGAUAUUAUUGACCCCCAAAAUAUUAUUUUUCCAGUAAUCCUACCCCUAUAUACAAAAGUACAAGAAAAUUAAUUA